AUGGAUGCUGAUGUCCUAGAACGUAUUCAACAAUUGCAGGUAACAACAAAGGAAGAUAAAGCCAUCACAAUCCGACCAGUAAGAAGAAAAGAGAUAUUGGAAGAAUACUCUUUAAGCUUAAUUGGGAAAUUCCUUACAACUAGAUCGAUUAAUAUGAGAGCAGCCAAGAAUCUAUUGCGAUCAAUGUGGAAAAUGGGUGAUGAUCUGAAGGUGGUGGAGGUUGGAGAUGGGCUAUUACAGUUUAAGUUCUCAUUGGAGAGUCAACUUACUUGGGUUUGGAACAAUGGUCCAUGGUGCUUUGACAAUCAAAUCCUUGCCCUAUGGAGAUGGGAGAAAGGCAUGUCAGCUAGAACAGUGAAAUUCACCCAUAUUCCCUUGUGGGUCCAAGUUUGGGGGCUGCCAUUUGACUUAACCACCGAAGAAGUAGGUCAUGACAUAGGGCAGGGGCUGGGUAGAGUCAUUGAAGUGGAUUGCAAAGCAAUAAAAGCAGAUCAAGCCCGCUUCCUUAGAAUAUGGGUGGAGGUGCCACUGGAAAACUGCUGCGGCGGGGCGGACCUAUUGUCAGUCCAGAGGGUGACGAAGCAAAAGUUGCUUUCCGAUAUGAACGUCUCGUGGGCUGGUGUUUCGCAUGCAGUAAAAUGGGCCAUGAACUGA